AUGGCGACCCACGGCGGCGGCCCGCGCCCCUGCCACCUCCUCAUCCUCCUCGCCGCCGCCGCGCUCUAUUCCGCGUCCUCCCCCGCCGGCGCCUUCUACCUCCCCGGCGUCGCCCCCCGCGACUUCCAGAAGGAUGAUGAACUUCAAGUGAAAGUCAACAAAUUGUCAUCUAUAAAAACACAGCUUCCAUAUGACUACUAUUUCCUAGAUUACUGCAAACCUGAUGCGAUUAAGAACAGCGCUGAGAACUUAGGUGAAGUCCUUCGUGGGGACCGCAUCGAAAAUUCUGUCUACAAUUUCAAGAUGAGGAGGGACGAGAGUUGCAAGGUUGUUUGCCGAAGGCAUCUUUCUCAAGAAGCUGCAAAGAAUUUCAAAGAAAAGAUCGAUGAUGAAUACCGAGUAAACAUGAUCCUAGAUAAUCUCCCAGUUGUGGUACCUAGGCAGACACGGGAAGGAAGCCAAACACCAAGCUUUGAGCAUGGUUACCGAGUUGGUUACAAGCUCAAAGAUGACAAGUAUUAUAUCAACAAUCACUUGAGUUUUAAAGUGUUAUACCAUGAAGACCAAACUUCUCCUGAUGCUCGCAUUGUUGGCUUCCAUGUGAUUCCUAGCAGCAUCAAGCAUGAAUAUGGUGCCUGGGAUGACAAUAAUCCCACAGCGCAAACUUGCAAUGCUAACAUUAAGAUUACACCUGGUAGUCACACUCCUCAAGAGGUGGCCCCUGAUGCAUAUGUUGUAUUCUCUUAUGACGUUACUUUUGAGUCCAGUGAUAUCAUAUGGGCAUCUCGAUGGGAUGUAUACCUUCUUUCCAGUGAUAGCCAAAUACACUGGUUCUCAAUUGUUAACUCAUUGAUGAUCGUCCUAUUCCUUUCUGGUAUGGUGGCCAUGAUCAUGAUGAGAACCCUUUACAAGGACAUAGCAAACUAUAAUCAGCUUGACAACCAGGAUGAGGCUCAGGAAGAAACUGGAUGGAAGUUAGUGCAUGGUGAUGUAUUCCGGCCUCCUGUUCACUCAGGCCUCCUUUGUGUUUAUGUUGGCACUGGCGUUCAGUUCUUUGGGAUGACACUUGUAACCAUGAUGUUUGCUCUUCUUGGAUUCUUAUCGCCUGCAAACCGUGGUGGACUCAUGACUGCUAUGGUCCUUUUGUGGGUGUUCAUGGGUUUAUUGGCAGGAUACACCUCAUCUCGCCUGUACAAGAUGUUCAAAGGCACUGAAUGGAAGAAGAUCACCCUCAAAACUGCCUUCAUGUUUCCUGGUAUUAUCUUUUCGGUCUUCUUCUUCCUGAAUGCGCUGAUCUGGGGUGAGAAGUCAUCUGGUGCAGUUCCUUUUGGAACAAUGUUUGCAUUGUUCCUCCUCUGGUUUGGCAUCUCUGUGCCACUGGUCUUUGUUGGAAGUUUCUUGGGAUUCAAGCAGCCAGCCAUUGAGGACCCAGUGAAGACAAACAAGAUUCCCAGGCAAAUUCCUGAGCAAGCAUGGUACCUGCAGCCAGCUUUUGCAAUAUUAGCUGGUGGCAUAUUGCCAUUUGGGGCUGUCUUUAUUGAGCUCUUCUUCAUCCUGACAUCUAUCUGGCUGAACCAGUUCUACUACAUCUUUGGCUUCCUCUUCAUAGUCUUUGUCAUCCUCAUUGUGACGUGUGCUGAGAUCACAAUUGUGCUAUGCUACUUCCAGCUGUGCCGUGAGGAUUACCACUGGUGGUGGAGGGCAUACCUGACUGCAGGCUCAUCAGCACUCUAUUUGUUUGCUUAUGCUGUCUUCUACUUCUUCAAUAAGUUGGAGAUCACAAAGCUUGUCUCAGGCAUCCUGUACUUUGGUUACAUGCUGAUCAUCUCUUAUGCCUUCUUUGUGCUGACUGGUACCAUUGGCUUCUAUGCCUGCUUCUGGUUCGUGAGGAAGAUAUAUGCUUCUGUGAAGAUCGAUUGA